AUGAUUGCUGGCUUGAAAAGAGAGCGAAAAAGCAAGGAAAAGGCAGAGGAACGGGAAGGGUUAAGCGCCAGUGUACUAUUGGCGAGAGACGAGGACGUUGUUCACCUCGGAGUUGGCAGCAGGAGAGCCGGCGACGGCCAGCCUACGGGGCCGAGAUCCGACGCCGACGACGACGACAACGAGGAGCAGCAUGAGCUAUCGGAUGUUCCGACGGAGCCACUUGCUGCUAUCCUGCCUAUAUUCCAUUUAUACUAA